AUGACGAAAAUCUUCCCAUAUUCUAAGGCUAAUGUCCUUGGCACUGAAAAUUGGGACGUGCACUCAUUUGAGUCCUUCCUCCUGAUGCGGAUGCCUCCUGACGUGAAGUGCCGAGCUCACUUAGUAGCCGCCAUACCCUCUCUCUGGAUGCUCACUACAUACUUCGCUCAAUGGCCAUUUAUCAGGUCCGCAUCGAAUAUGCCGACUACUCUGACGUUCCCUGCGUUGGUCCGCGCAGUCGCCUUCCUCUCUGGUAGACAUAGCACGCUGUUUGUGAAUUGGGAUGAAGAGGAUGCGCAUGUCGUGAGGACUGACCAGCUGGUCCUCGAAUACAUCUUUAGAGCCUUUGCUACCGUUCGUUCAACAGAAGAGGAGACUGCAACAUAUCCGCCUCUCAAUGAUGUAAUCGACAUCCUAAACACGGUCCAGCCAGUCGAGAAAAUUCUAACGCCCAUCCUUGAUCGUGCCAAGUUGGCGCCAAUCGCUGCUCGCAUUUCUUCUACGGUUGCUAUCCCAGAAGUAUCGGAUCUCGUCAUUUCAUCCUCUGGGGCGUUGGUUCCGCUGCUUGACCUCUGUGUCUUGCUUCUUCAGCAUGCCAUAAAGUUUGAUGAGGAGAUCACAACUCUUAUCGAAUACCUCGAGGUCGCUCAAUUUAAGCUGCGAAAUAAUACGGCGGAGGUAUCAUUCGAGGUCUUCACGGAGUGGUUGGGCAAGAACCCAAACCAACAUCCCUUUUUUGACUCUGAUGUCUAUGAUGCUAUUGCCCUUUUGUUUAACACCUUUCUGAAUCUUGAAAUCCUAACAGAUGGGGUUAUGACCCAUUUUGGGUCUCCCGGAGAAAAGGAGCGUAAGCAUAUGCUGGUAGUCUUUGCACUAAGGCGCCCUGGGCAUACACAUGGUGGAUGGUUGUAA